AUGUCUUCGCCCUCGGUGCAUGCUGGGAUCGGCCCGAGGUCGCGCUCGAGAUCGUCGGACGAACCCUUUGUGGCACCUGACCAGCUUCUGAGGGACGCCACUCAAACGGACCUAGCUUGCUGCGCGUCGCCUUCGCCUCAAGAUCCGAGCAAUGCCAAAGCACAGCUUGUUCUCCGCGACUGUCCACCAAAGAAAUCACCAGCUCGCAGUCAGGACAACAGAGCUAAUGAUCCACACAGUGUACCGCACCAGGUCGUACUCUACCUUGUAGGCGAUCAAAAUGAGGAAGAUAACCGAGACAUGCAUCGUCCCUCAAGCUCUCCCACGCGUGCCAUCGUCGACUGGCUCGCUACUGCCGGUUCAGCAGCGAAUGAAGCCUCGAGUCAGGAUCGACGCACCAAUUCGCGUUCUCUGUCAUCCCAGCCCUGCAGUCGUAAGGCUAAAGCUCCUGCUGCUCUGCCACCAAGUCCGUUAAGCAGCGUUCUUGAGGCCUUUGUUGAUGAGAUGCUUGGGCCAGAGUUUGCAAGGAAGGAGGAGCCUCCUGUCUCGACAAAAUACAAAUGCAAAGGUACAGCUGCAACGGCAGCUGCCAAUAACACAGCAAAGUGCGAUCGGUGUAGAUCACGCAAACUCAAAUGCGUUGUACUGUCAAAGACGGGAGCAAGUUGCAGCAAUUGCCGUCGAACACACGUAGCCUGCACUAGGAAUCGAUUGCGCGUGAGAGGUAAUCAGACACCGGUGCCUCGCCCUCUCAGCAAGAAGGGCCCCGCAACAACGUUCCACUCUUCGCAGAACAGUGUCAACGAGUCUCCCCAGAAUGCCGGUGAGGGUCGAACCACAAGAUCCAGUGCGGGUCUCAAGAUGCAAAUCAAGAGCGACAGCAUCGACGACGACGGAAUUCCAAGCAGCACGAAACGCAAGAAGUCUUCCCCCGAUCCGCAACCCUCGACGUCGUCGCAAAUCUCAAACAGGAAUCGGCCUGCCUCUGCUUCCGCUCCGGACCCAGCCAAAAAGGAGCUCGAUGGCUACACCGUCGGCCUCCUCAAGGACGUGAUGCAUGCGCUCGAGCGCGUCAAGGGUUCUCUUGGAGAAUCUACAGCCUUGCCGGCGCUCGUACCCACCCUAACUUCGCUCGAGGAGGGUUUUGAUUCGAUGCCCAGGCUUGUCUCUGAGCCAUUGCUCUCAACAGUGUGUACUAUGCUUCAGCGCAUCAUGGUGCAAUGCCUCAGGAAGGCGAAGCUUCAAGAUCAAGUCGAGGUCAAAAGCGCUGUAUGGUACACGCAGAGUCUGGUCGACCGGACGCUGUCCUGCAUCAAAAUGCUGAUCGACAUCGAGUGA